CGACUAACUAUUAUACCUAAGUUAUCAGUUUUCCUCCCGAACCAGGGUGGGUCCUGGGACCCACCCCUUAACCCUCUCCCUUCGCCCCUAGUUGGAAUGUAAUUGGAAUUGUGCUAGAGGAAUGACUCGGAGCAUUAUCACAAAUUUCAUAAGCACACCAGAAACCUUCUAAUACAAACCACAGACACGAUAAAACAAACCACAAAAAGCAUACCUAAAACCUUCUAAUCCAGACCACGAGUCUCCUGAAAUAUAUCAGAAACAUCACAAAGCAAAUCACAAAUAUUUAUAAAAAACACCAAAACCUUCAUAAUACAAACCACAAACAUGGUAAAGCAACCCACAAAAAGCAUACCAAAAACCUCCUAAAGCAAACCACAAGCCUCCUAAAACAUACCAGAAUCCCCACAAAUCAUACCAUAAAGAUUUCAAAAGAACACCAGAAAACCCAUAAUGCAAACCACAAACAAGAUAAAGCAUACCACAAAAAGCAAACUAAAAACCUCCUAAUGCAUACCACAAAUUAAAAGAGACUAGAAACCUCACAAAGCAAACCAUAGAAUUUUCGAGAGCACACCAUAAACUUCUUUAGGCAAACCACAAACAGUCAAACACAAUAAAGCAUGCCAGAAAGGCAUAGCAAAUACACGAGAAAGCAAACCAUAAAUCUCACAAUGCAUACCACAAUUUUCAAUGAUCGUUGACCGUUGACCAAACUCAGACGACCGUUAGUGAUCCUGAUUCCGGCACCGAUAAGCAUAUUCUGGCCCCGAUGAUCGGCUUCCGACAUCGUUAAGUGUACUCUGGUCACGGUGCUCGGAUUCCGACGACGUUGAGUAUAUUCAUGCGGUCAAAUUCCGACGGCCAGCAAUCGGAUUUCGGAGACCAAAAAUUUGGACACAAAAAUUAUAAUUAUUUCAUAUUUCCACCAUUAUUUUUUAUUAAUGAUUGUUUAUCAUAAUAUUCAAAAGAACUAUUAUACCCUUUCAUUGAUUUCACACGAAAAUCAACUUAGCUAAUAAAAAAUAAUCAAAAUCCUAACUUUUUAUUGGUUGGACACUAGCGUUGUCACACUAACAAGUAACAACACAAUAGGUGUUGUUAUAUUAUCCGAUCCCUCCAUACCUUAUACUUGAGUCAACGGUUAAUAUUGAAUGUCGUAAAAAUUCAUACACAGGACCACUUGACCAAACUAACUGCCAUACCUUGUAAAAAAAAAUCAGUUGAUCCCAAUUUUUAAUAAUAAAAAGUUUAGAAUCAACCGAUUCAUCCAACGCAAGAACCAGUAGUUUGGGACAUGGGAGAUGAUUUCCAUGUAGGCUGAAUGAAGCGCCGAAAACGCACCGUAUCACGGGGUUUCGCUCGCCUUCCUCUCUCUUCCGAUGUCUGCAACUGAAACAAAAAUGGAGCCUCGAUAUCAUCGUUAGCUGUGAAUGGAGCUCCAGCUCACUCCUCCAAACAAAAGCCAGCCGUAGUUAAAAUUCCUCCAAACCUUACGCCUCUCCUUCUUCUUCCUCUAAUCUCUUUCGAUCCCUCCAAAAAAAAAACCCUUUCUCUGGAGUAGAGAAACCAACCAUGGCUGCAAUCUCCAACUCUCUGGUUGUCUCCAGAAACCCUCAGCUCUCUUCCGGUGUUGCACCUACAGUGUUGUCCUUCAAUCCCACUCGCCCUCGGAGCCUCCGAGUUGGUCCCUCGAGAAGGUCGCUCGUCGUUCAAGCUGCCUACAGUGAUGGUGAAAGAUCAGGAUCGGGUAGUUCUGGAAUCUUUAUCGGCGGGUUUGUGCUGGGAGGACUAAUUGUUGGUGCGCUUGGAUGUGUUUAUGCACCUCAGAUCAGCAAGGCAUUAGCUGGAACUGAUAGGAAGGACCUUAUGAGGAAACUCCCCAAGUUCAUCUAUGAUGAAGAGAAGGCUUUGGAGAAAACACGAAAAAUAUUGAGCGAGAAGAUAGCACAACUGAACUCGGCCAUCGAUGAUGUGUCCUCUCAGCUCAGAUCGGAAGAUGCCCCUGAAGAAGACAUGUCCGUGAACCCCGAUGAAAUCGAAGCUGCUCUUUGAGAAAAUCUCUGUGUUUGUCUUGUGUUCUCUCGUUACAUUGUUGGUAUACAGUUUACGACGCGGUCAGUAAUUUUUUUGAGAACUCUGAAAUAACAACAGCUGAAACUCAUCUCAAUGCGCUUCUUAAUAGCUGUUUCCUUGCUGUGCCUUGCCUCCCAAGUACGAAAUAGUGUAUGCUGUUUGCCUCGUACGAAGGCAGCAGCGGUCAUUUGGACAGGAUUUAUAUACACUUUACACUUCUGUCUAUUGUCAUUGUAAUCGAAUGCUCUCAUCUCGACUCGACUCUUGAAAGUAGUUUAAUCGAUCUUGGAUUCGUUGGGAAUUUGAGAGUUACACCAGCUUGAAUUUGCCCGGUCGCUGAAGCUGUGGUUAGGAGAAAUAGUAUUCCUGAUCAUAUCAUCCGAUCUUGACAUAGAUAUUGUUGUAUGCCUCAAAGUCUUCUCGACCAUCGACUUUCAACCCUUACCAGCCAGAAAAUGGCACAGUUGGAAAAUCUACUGGAUGAGACGAAAUGUUGCCUCUCGUUCUGAUAGAAACGCAAUCAGGCAUAAACACUGAGAUCUUAU